AUGGCUUUAUCUCCACAACUAUACAAUACGGCUGUGAGAAGCAUUCAUGGUGCUCUCCAUGUUAUGGCCUCACUAGAACGAGAACUUGAAGAGGAAAACAAAAAGCUUAAGUCUCAGCUAGAGUUAGAGCAAUGUUUUCAACCAGCUCAAGGGUUAGGAGAUCCUAACAUUGAAGUUGGUAAUGAAUACAAUAGGACUUCGUCACAAGCUAAUCACGCCCAGCAAGAACCCUGUAUACAGAUGGGGUACCAUCGGUUUAUUCCCCAAGAAAGGGGAACUGAAGCUAGGGUGGACGGAGGUUCGAAUAAGCAUACUGCAGGUUGGCUUUGAUUCUUUCAACCUGAUCUGCUACGUGCAAGACAUUCUUCAUUAUAUAUAAUUCUUAUUUUCGUCUCUAAUAAUACAAUCUUCUACAUAUUAUAUACCUAUAGUGAUGAUUUGAGAGAUAGAAAAGCUUCAUUAUCACCAGGGAAAAUGAAUGAAAUUAGA